GUAUAAGGGUAAAAUUAUAACUUUACCAUUUCCUUUUCAUCAUCACCAGAUGUAGACGAUACAAUUACACACAGUAACCCUUACACGCACUCAAACCCUAAUCGUCUUCUCCAAUCAAUCUCUCGAAUCACAAUCGUUUUCUGCAUCAGAUUCCUCAAAAUCAUCCUGUUAUAUGCUCAAUUUCAGAUCACCUAUAGAUCAGUUUGUUGAUAAUUUCAAAUUUCGGUUAACUCAAACCCUAAAUAACCGCCACCACCGCAACCACUGCUUCCGCCGUGAAUGGCGGACUCAGUAGACGGAGCUCCGGAUUCAUGGGAGGUUGCCGACGUAGACGCCGCCGUGAGCAGGUUAAUGCUCUCUUCGAAGCGCGAAAGCAACAAUUCAUCGCCUAAUUUGACUACUGGUUCUUCUUCGGAGAUUAAUUCAGAUUUGUUAGCUCCGGUGAGGUCGUCGUCUGGUGGUGUGUUGGAGGAUUUGGUGAAUACUGUUGAUCAGUUUCUUCGUGAAGCGUUGCAAAACCCUAGGGAGCGUCUUUCAGUGUUAAGGUUGGAGCAGGAUGUAGAAAAAUUCAUCAGAGACCCUUCACAACAGCAAAUGGAGUUUCCGCAACUACCCACUUCUUAUCUACGUUUAGCAGCACAUCGUGUAGCUCAACACUAUUCUCUUCAAUCCACCGUCUUACUUGACAACAACCUUUUGGAAAGUUCUGGUUCCAGAAUCAUCGUCCACAAGACUCCCGAUACCCGUUUCCCUCUAAUACGUUUAGCUGAUAUUCCUCUAAAAUCACCAACCGAUGACUCCACCAACAACGUUGUCAAAGUUGCAAUCAAACAAAGACCAAACAAGAAAUCACAAAUUACUGGAUCAAAUUCAAAUUUACAAAGGAGCGAGAGUUUGAAAAGUGUUGAGGAGAGAAAAGAAGAAUAUAAUCGUGCGCGUGCAAGAAUAUUCUGUUCUGAUAGUUCUACAUCUGGUGGGAAGCAAGAGAGUGAUUUGAGGGUGCCUGAAGUGUUUAAUCGUGGUUCUUUAGGGGCGUUAAAGGCGGAAGAAGUUUCGUCUUCAACAGGAAUGAAUGUUAAUAGUGGCAGGGGUUCGGUUACCGGUUCGGGUUCCGCAAGUAGAGUUAGAUUAGAGGAGCCGGUUAGUAGGUCUAGGAAUAAUAGUAAAGUGGCAAUCUUUCGGGACCGUGAAGUUGAGCGAAAGGAUCCUGAUUAUGAUAGGAGCUAUGACAGAUAUGCACAAAGAUUCGAUCCCGGCUUUGGGUUUAAUGGUGGCUCAUAUCCCGUACAACCUAUGUAUGCACCUGUCUUGACCUACAACACCGAAUUUCCACAACUUGGUUCAGCUCAUACCCAUAGGGCCCCACCUAUCUCUACUGAACAACACCAAUCACACACACUGGCUCAACAUAUACCUGGACCAUGGGUUCCACCAUCCUCACCCGUAGGUCUCGGUUACAGACCCCCAGAGUCAAUGGUACCCCCGUUUAAUCCCAAUCACGGUUCUACACUCUACAUGCAGUACCCUUCUCAAGGUACUUCUGGAGUCACGUUUAUGCAUCCUCAUGAACAAGUUCACCAACAAUUGGCACAGUCUCAGCAGCAAUCCGAUGCGAGUUUUGGAUUAGCCAACCGUCCCCGAUAAGGGGCAUGGCUGUGCCUGCACCCCGUCAGACUAAUGAAUGACCUAUGCUUGCUUAUCUGACAAUGGGACAUGCUUAUCUGGCAGGGGUGCGGGCUUAAUCUUCUGAGUUUGGAUGGGAUGGGAUGGGCAUCUUAAAUUUAUCAACAUAUUUCGGAUCCAUUUCAUCGAUCUCGGGUUUCUGAACAAGCUGAUUAUCAGAAUUGUGAAUGUAUACUUCUUAUCCAAGUGAAGGUAGUUGUUGACAUCUUUUUUCUUUGUUUCAAAUACUGUCAUUUUGUUAUGUGAUCCGUAGAAAACUAUAUUCACUUGCUAUAUUUUGUUGUGCAAAUUUGAAUAUGAUGAUUCUGCAGCACAAUUAUAUAUAUAUAUAUAGUUUGCAUUUC